CUUUUCUCUCUUUCACACGCCUUGUGUAUUAUCAGAUGCUCAGCUGUCUCUAUACUUAACCACAGAAUAUAAACAAUCUUGUUGCAUGUUUCUGACUAAUGACUGAUAGAUAUCACCGAUAGAUUGAGAUUAUGAUUAUAUUAUUUCCUGCUGUUAUUUACAAUUCUUCUUUCACUUAGUUGUUUUUAGAAACUUUCUUUGUUGCUUAUAUUGACAUUAUCUUUUAUUUUGAUAUUUACGUAUCCUAUGAAUGCUUAUAUAGAGUGCGUUUAAUUCAGACACAACCCAUGAAAAACCCGUGAAACGAGACUUGGCUACACUGAUAAGUCUCGUGCAACUUCUGUCAGAUCAGAUCAGUGCUUUAUUCACUCGUCGGAAGAACGCGUGUAAGGACGCUAUUGUUUUAAAGUUUUUAUUGUUUGCUUUGUUAUAAAGUCUAUUCAGUAUUGCGAUUGUUAUUUGGAUCUGUUCUGCGAGCUGUUAAGGAAAAUGAGCUAUGUGACUUUCUUCUGUUUGCUCUUGUGGAGCCUGUCUGGUGUUUUUUGUGAUAAUGAGUCUGUGUCAGUGAUGGAGGGACAUCCUGUGACUUUAUCUGUCAAUCUCACUGAAUCACAGAAAGAGGAGGGAAUUUCCUGGAAGUUUGGACCUACAGGAGUUCUUAUAGCUGGAAUCAUGAGAGAAGACAAUAAUGUCAGAUUAUUUGAUGAUAAACCCGAUGGGAGAUUCAAAAACAGACUGAAGUUAAACAAUCACACUGGAUCUCUGACCAUCACAAACACCAACAUCACACACACUGGACUUUAUCAACUAAUCAACACCAAGACAAACAAAAAACUCAAAAUAUUCAACAUUAAUGUCUAUGCUCGUCUGCCCGUUCCUGUUAUCAGCAGAGUUUCUUCUCAAUGUUCUUCAUCAUCAUCAUCAAAUUGUUCAUUAUUGUGUUCAGUGUUGAAUGUGAGAGAUGUGAGUCUGUCCUGGUACAAAGGAAACAGUUUAUUGUCCAGCAUCAGUGUGUCUGAUCUCAAUAUCAGACUCUCUCUACCUCUGGAGGUGGAUUAUCAGGAUAACAACACAUAUAGCUGUGUGGUGAACAAUCCCAUUGGCAAUCAGACUCAAUAUCUAAACAUUAAUGAUGUCUGUCAGUCGUGUUCAGCCUUCUGCCAUUGUGGUUUUACUGAAGCUGUGAUCCGAUUGGUCGUCUCUGUUCUGGUGGGCGUGGCUACUGUUGCUGUUUUGGUUUUUGACAUCAGAAUCAGAAGAGAUGAAGAGAAGAGGAUGAGAUCAGACAUACUGUACGGUUAAAUGAUGCAUGAAUCUUAUAUAUCUCUUUAUUUACAGCUUUUAUUCUGUAUUCAUACAUUACAUUUAUGAUAAGACAGUCAGUGCAGGGUUUUAUUAUAGUUUAGCAGCUCCAUCUAGUGUUUAAACAUUGAAAACACACUGAUAACUAUUUGAUAGCUAUACUUAUAUGCCAACACAUCAUUUCAA